CCACUGCUCUUUCCUUCCCUCCCCUGGCAUCAUGAGGGGAGUGGCUCCCUGGCUGGGAGCCCUGCUGGCGCUGAGCUGGGUGCUGCCGUCGCACUGUCAGCCCCUCUUCACCAUCAUCACUCCCAAUGUCCUGCGUCUGGAGAGUGAGGAGCAGGUGGUCUUGGAGGCUCACGGGCAGAAAGAAAACCUGGAGGUAGACGUCACAGUCCAGGAUUUCCCCCAAAAGAGACAGGUCCUCUACAAUGAGAAGAUCAUCCUGACCUCGGCCACUGAUUACCUGGGCAUCAUCAAGAUCAAGCUUCUAGCCAAGGAUAUCAAGAAGGACUCAAAGGCCAACAAGUACGUCAACAUCCAGGCCAAGUUUGGAACUGUGGUUGUGGAGAAGGUGGUGUUGGUGACGUUUCACAGUGGCUACCUUUUCAUCCAGACUGACAAGACCAUCUACACCCCAGGGUCUACAGUCUUGUACCGGAUCUUUACCGUGGGCCACAAGCUGGAACCUGUCUCCAAGACGCUGACCAUUAACAUUCAGACCCCUGAGGGCAUCACCAUCAAGACUGACUCUCAGAAGAAACAAGGCAUCGUGAGCCUCUCUUGGAUGAUCCCUGAGGUGGUCAACCUAGGACAGUGGAAGAUUGUUGCGCACUACGACGAUGCCCCCGAGCAGACCUUCUUCGCCCAGUUUGAGGUGAAGGAGUAUGUGCUGCCCAGUUUCGAGGUGGUGGUGGAACCGACUGAAAAGUUCUAUUACAUUGACGACAAAGAGGGACUGUCUGUGGACAUCACAGCCAGGUUCCUGUACGGGAAGAUGGUAGAAGGCACCGCUUUUGUGCUCUUUGGAGUGAACACAAAGGAAGGGAAGAAAAGCAUUCCAGCAUCACUGAGCCGCGUUCAGAUCAUGGACGGCCACGGGGAGGCCAAACUGUCGAGAGAAGUGCUGCUGAAGCAGUUUCCGGAUGUCAACCAGCUGAUCAACCUUUCCCUCUAUGUCUCCGUCACUGUCAUCCUGGACUCAGGGAGCGAUAUGGUGGAAGCGGAGAAGACUGGGAUCCCCAUCGUGACCUCGCCGUAUCAGAUCCACUUCACCAAGACACCCAAGUACUUCAAGCCAGGCAUGCCCUUUGAGCUCACGGUCUUCGUGACGAACCCCGAUGGCUCUCCUGCCAGCCACAUCUCCGUCAAAGCCCGGGAGUUCAACGUGGAGGCUAUGACUCACAAGGAGGGCACCGCCAAACUGGGCAUCAAUACUCCCAACAACAAGAACCCCAUCACUAUCACUGUCCAGACAGUGGUAGCCAACCUCCCAGAAGAGCGUCAAGCUUCCAACAAGAUGGUGGCUCUGCCCUACCACACCCAGGAAGGGUCCCAAAAUUACCUGCACCUCUCAGUGCCCAGCUCUGAGGUGCUGCCUGGAGAAAAUCUCAACAUCAACUUUAACAUCAAGACUGACGGGCCAAGUGUCCAGAAUCAGAUACGCUACUUCACCUACAUGAUUCUGAACAAGGGCAAGAUCCUAAAAGCAGGACGCCAGGCACGGCAGGUGGGGCAAGACCUGGUGGUGUUGGCCCUGCCCAUCACGCCCGAGUUUAUCCCCUCCUUCCGCAUGGUCGCCUACUACCAGGUGACCCUCGGGAAUGGGAAGAAGGAGGUGGUGGCUGACUCAGUGUGGGUAGAUGUGAAGGACACCUGUAUGGGCAAGCUGGUGGUAAAAGGGGACAAGGAUAAAAAUCAACUUCCAGGCAAACAGAUGAAACUGAAGAUCGAAGGGGAUCCUGGGUCCCGUGUAGGGCUGGUAGCUGUGGACAAGGGUGUCUUUGUGCUGAACAAGGAGAACAAACUGACUCAGACCAAAAUCUGGAAUGUGGUGGAGAAGAGUGAUAUCGGCUGCACCCCAGGGAGCGGGCAAAACUACGCCGGCGUGUUUAGGGAUGCUGGGCUGGCCCUACAGAGCAACAUGGCACCCAAAACUGAGCAGAGGACAAACCUGGAGUGCCCCAAGCCAGAGAAACGCCGUCGCCGUUCCGUCCAGCUCAUGGAGAAGAGGACAGACAAAGCAAGUCAGUACCAGGACCCGGCCAUCCGGAAGUGCUGUUUGGAUGGAAUGAGGGUGAACCCAAUGGGCUACAGCUGUGAGAAGCGGGCGACCUACAUCCUGGACAAGGGGGAGUGUACAAAGGCCUUCCUGGACUGCUGUAACUACAUCAAGGAAGUGCGGCUGCAGAAGCAGAGAGACAACAAGCUCAACCUAUCCAGAAGUGAAGUGGAUGAGGACCUCCUCCAAGAUGAUGAAUUUGUCUCUCGGAGCCAGUUUCCAGAGAGCUGGCUGUGGCAGGUGGAGGACCUCUCAGAUAAGCCAGACAAAACCGGCGUCUCCUCCAAAACCCUCAACAUCUUCCUGAAGGACUCAAUCACCACCUGGGAGGUGCUGGCUGUCAGUCUGUCCGACACCAAGGGGAUCUGCGUGGCCGACCCUUACGAGAUCACCGUGAUGCAGGACUUCUUCAUUGACCUGCGGCUGCCCUACUCGGUAGUGAGGAAUGAGCAGGUGGAGAUCCGGGCUGUGUUGUACAACUACAACGAGCAAAAUUCCAUCAAGGUGCGGCUGGAACUGCUCCACAACCCGGCCUUCUGCAGCGCCUCCACCUCCAAGAAGAAAUUCCAGCAGGUGGUGGAAAUCCCGGCCAAGUCUUCCCGAGCCAUGCCCUUUAUCAUCGUACCCCUGGAGAUUGGCAACCACGACAUUGAGGUCAAGGGGGCCGUCUAUGGCCAGUACAUCACUGACGGUGUGAAGAAGAAGCUGAAGGUUGUGGCGGAGGGGAUGCGCAUGUCCAAGACAGUGAAAGUCAUCACCCUGGACCCAGUGGUUAAAGGGAAAGAAGGAAAGCAGGAGGAAGACAUCGAAGCACCUGAUCUCCGGGACAUGGUUCCAGGCACUGAUUCCGAGACCAAAAUCGGCGUCCAAGGGACCCUCACGACCCAGUUGGUGGAGGACUCCAUUGACAGCAAUAACCUGAAGCACCUGAUCGUCACGCCGGCGGGCUGCGGGGAGCAAAACAUGAUUGGCAUGACGCCCACCGUCAUCGCCGUCCACUACCUGGAUGCCACCGAGCAGUGGGAGUCAUUCGGGGUGGAGCGGCGAGUGGAAGCCAUAGAGCUCAUCAAGAAGGGUUACACUCAGCAGCUGAACUUUAAGAAAGCUGACCAGUCCUAUGCAGCCUUUAAAGACCGUCCAGCCAGCACCUGGCUGACGGCCUACGUGGUCAAAGUCUUUGCCAUGAGCGUCAAUCUGAUCCCCAUCGACUCCCAUGUCCUCUGUGGUGGCGUCAAAUGGCUGAUCCUGGAGAAGCAGAAGCCCGAUGGCGUGUUCCAGGAGGAUGCUCCGGUCGUCCACCAGGAGAUGACUGGUGGCCUUAAGGGGAAAGAGGGAGACAUCUCCUUAACUGCAUUUGUCCUCAUCGCACUGCAAGAAGCUAAGGAAAUCUGCAAGCUGCAAGUCAAUAGCCUGGAAAACAGCAUUAAGAAAGCCGGGGAGUACUUGGCUCCCAGGUACGAAAAUGUGAGGAGGCCAUAUACCGCAGCCAUUGCCGGCUAUGCCCUGUCGCUGCUUGGGAAACUGGAUGGAAAACUCCUCAUGAAAUCAGCCACUGGUGGCAACCACUGGGAGGAGCGGGGGGCUCACACCUACAACGUGGAGGGCACAUCCUACGCUCUGCUGGCCCUGCUACAGAUCAAGAACUUUGACGUGGCAGCCAGCGUCGUCCGCUGGCUCAACGAGCAGAGAUACUAUGGGGGCGGCUAUGGCUCCACUCAGGCCACCAUCAUGGUGUUCCAAGCUCUGGCCGAGUACCAGCUGGCAGUUCCGGAGUAUAAAGACCUCAACUUGGACGUCUCCAUCCACCUGCCCAGUCGUCAGAGCCCUGUCAAGUUCAGGAUUGAUGCCAAGAACUCUCAGUUGCUCCGUUCGACUGAGACCAAGUUGAAUGAGGGAUUCACAGUGACAGCUGAAGGCCGGGGGCAAGGAACGCUAACGGUGGUGACCACCUACAACGCCAAGCUGAAGGAGGAUGAGGCCGAGUGCAAGAAGUUUGAUCUGCGUGUGUCAGUGAGCAAUGCUCCAGAGGAUGUUAAGAGGCCACAGGGAGCCCUGGGGUCAGUAUACAUCGACAUCUGCACCAGAUACCGUGGGGAUUCGGAUGCCACCAUGUCCAUCUUGGACAUUUCCAUGCUGACAGGCUACUCCCCGGACACAGAGGACCUCAAUGAGCUGAGCCAGGGAGAAGACAGAUACAUCGCCAAGUAUGAUCUGGGCAAGGCCAUGUCAGACAAGAACACUCUCAUCAUCUACCUGGAAAAGAUCUCCCACAAGGAGGAAGAAUGUCUCCGGUUUAAAGCUCACAAGUUUUUUGAAGUUGGUCUGAUCCAGCCAGGCUCGGUUAAGGUCUAUUCCUACUACAACUUGGAAGAGAGCUGCACCAAGUUCUACCACCCAAGCAAAGAGAGAGGGAUGCUCAACAAGAUCUGUCAUGGAGACCUUUGCCGCUGCGCAGAGGAAAACUGCUUCCUGCAGCAGAUGGCAGACAAGAUCUCCAUAGAGAAGCGGAUCGAUGAGGCCUGUGAGCCUGGGGUGGAUUAUGUCUACAAGACCAAGCUGAUUAAGAUUGAGGAAUCCAGCAGCCACGACAACUACGUGAUGGAGAUCAUCUCUAUCAUCAAGUCAGGUUCCGACGAGAAACUUCUGAAACAAAAGCGCAAGUUCAUCAGCCACGUUAAAUGCCGCAAGACGCUGAAGAUGGAGGUUGGGCGGGAGUACCUGAUCUGGGGAGUCAGCACGGACCUGUGGUACAGGAAACCCGAGUACAGCUACAUCAUCAGCAAAGACACCUGGAUUGAGAUGUGGCCCAAUGAGGACGAAUGCCAGGAUGAGAACUAUCAGCAGAAAUGCCAGGAACUGGCCUCUUUCGCUGAGAACAUGGUGUCUUUUGGCUGCCCCAACUAGGAGUCCCCGGGACCAGAGGGCCCUCACAUCUUCCUCCUCUCCUCUCCUCCCUUGUGCCACCCCCCACCCCCCCCCAACCCCUCAAGCUGGUUGUUUUGAAAUAAAUUCUAGCAGGUUCAUUUCUUA